UUCUUCCUCUGUGUUUUGCUACUCUCUCCUCUCCUUCCAGGUUCACAUAAGGCCAUGUCGAAGUCAGAAUCACCUCGAAUCGCUGAGUUACCCGAUGACGAAGCCGACGCCUUGCAAGGCAGCCAUGUUCCGCCCAAGUAUCGAGGAACGGCGAUCGAUCGUCAGGACAUGAAGAUGCUCGGCAAGAAGCAGGUGUUGCGGCGGCAGUUCAGGUUCUCGACAAUGCUGGGCUUUGCAAGCACCGUCAUGGUCGCAUGGGAGUUCGUUCUUGUCGUCUCUCCCUUCGGUCUGAGCGAUGGAGGCACACCGGCAGUGUUCUGGGGCUUGCUCUUGAGUCCGAUUGUCAUGUUGCCCGUGUAUGCGAGUCUGGCCGAGGUAGCCUCGAUGAGCCCGACAGCGGGAGGCCAAUAUCACUGGGUGUCGGAGCUUGCACCUCCCAGGUUUCAAAGGGGCCUCAGCUACUCGGUCGGGUGGCUGAUCGCCUUAGGCUGGCAGGUAUUCCUCUGUAGCGUCUCCUUUGAGGUGUCCACCCUGAUACUCGGCCUUGCGACGCUCAAUUUCCCGGGAUACACAAUCUUGGCCUGGCAUGAGACCCUCCUCACGAUCGCCAUCGUCGUCUUCUGCGUUCUUUUCAACAUCUUCCUCGCCGUUCGACUACCGCUCAUCGAGGCCGUCGUCCUUAUCCUGCACGUUCUCGGAGUCUUCGUCAUCAUCAUCCCGCUCUGGGUGAUGGCUCCACGUGGAAAUGCUCACGAGACAAUCCUCCAUAUUACCAACGACAGCGGGUAUAGCGAUGAAGCUCUUGCUGCAACGAUCGGCUUUGUACCUAUGAUCGGCAUGCUCAUCGGCUACGAUUGCACGAUACACAUGUCUGAAGAGACUCAGGAUGCUUCAAGGACCAUCCCGCUGGUCGUUGUCUGGGCAGUCGCUUCCAACGCACUUAUGCUGAUUGUGGUUGGCUGGACAUACAUCUUCUGUCUCGGCGAUCUCGACAGCGUCCUCAACUCCGCGACCGGUCAACCCAUGAUUCAAGUCUUCUACAAUGCUACCAGGAGCCAUGUUGGCACAAGCAUAAUGGUUGUCGUCGUCAUCGUCAUCUUUAUUUCGGCUUGCGUUGGACAAGUUGCAACGGCAUCACGACAGAUGUGGUCGUUUGCACGUGAUAAAGGCUUUCCGGGUUCCUACUGGCUCGAAAAAGUACCGUCAAGGUGGAACAUCCCUCUCAACGCAAUCUUCGUUUCCGCGAUAAUCACCUCGUUACUGUCACUGAUCAAUCUUGGCUCUUAUACCGCGUUCAACGCGUUCAACUCACUAGGCACGGUCUCAAUCUUGUUCUCUUACACCAUCACAAUCGGCUGCUUGAUCUGGCGCCGUCUUUACGGUAAGCCACUGCCACCGCGACGUUGGUCUUUGGGGCGCUGGGGACUGCCAGUCAACAUUAUCUCGCUUUGCUUCACGACUCCCAUGCUUUUCUUCUACACGUGGCCGUUGUACCACCCGGUCAAUGCACAAAACAUGAACUGGUCAUCGACCAUGUUUUUCGGUGUGUUGAUAAUCGCUGCGAUCUACUAUAUAUUCAAAGGAAGGCAUGAGUAUGUAGGCCCUGUGGUGCACGUGAAGCGUGAAGAGUGAAGGGAGGGGAGCAUGUGGGUCAGGUCUUGGCACGCCUUGGCUAGAUAAAUAGCACUUGCCUGCGCGUCCGCGUCCGCGUCUCGGUGAACUAGUCAAUCGACUCUCUUUGCGCGCCUCGGUCUAUCAGAGCAUUACAGCGUCGCGAAAUAGAGGAUAGAAUGGAGUGCCCUGCAGCGGACGAUGCAUACAGUGUCUGAUAGCUCUG